CGCGCUGGUGAUCGGAGCCUCGAGAAUGGCCCGGAGGUUCGGGUGGGCUCGGUGACCGAGGAGUCUGGACCCGGCAGUUUGGGGUUGAGAAAGGAAGAGCCUGGGAUAUAGCUGUGGGGGUGGAGUCCCAGCUUUCCGGAGGUUUGGAUCUAAAUGCCUGGCCUUGGGGAGUGGGCCGGAGUCUGGCACUGGAGGGUCAAGAAGCUGGAGAACCGUGAGUCUGCAGCUGCCGUGCCGGUCGCCAGAGGCCGGAACCUGAUACCAGCCAGGAUGCCGUGGGCAUGCUCAACACACUGCAGACCAACGCCAGCUACCUGGAGCAGGCGAAGAGCCAGCGAGGUGACCCCCAGAAACAGUUGGAAGCCAUGGAGCUGUUCUUGGCAAGGAGUGGACUGCAGGUGGAGGAUUUGGACCGACUGAACAUUAUUCAUGUCACUGGGACCAAGGGGAAGGGUUCUACCUGCGCCUUUACGGAACACAUUCUCCGGAAUUAUGGCCUAAAGACCGGAUUUUUUAGGUCUCCCGGCAGCUCUCCCCACCUGGUGCAGGUGCGUGAGCGGAUCCGCAUCAAUGGGCAGCCCAUCAGCUGCGACCUCUUCACCAAGCACUUCUGGCGCCUCUACCGGCGGCUGGAGGACACAAAGGACGGCAGCGGUGCGUCCAUGCCCACCUACUUCCGCUUCCUCACGCUCAUGGCCUUCCAUGUCUUCCUCCAAGAGAAGGUGGACCUGGCAGUGGUGGAAGUCGGCAUAGGUGGUGCUUAUGACUGCACCAACAUUGUCAGGAGGCCUGUAGUAUGCGGAGUGUCCUCUCUUGGCCUCGACCACACCAGCCUUCUGGGGGACACAGUGGAGAAGAUCGCGUGGCAGAAAGGAGGCAUCUUUAAGCCUGGCAUCCCUGCCUUUACGGUGCUGCAGUCGGAAGGGCCCCUGGCGGUGCUGAGGGAGCGCGCCCAGCAGAUUGCGUGCCCCCUUUACCUGUGCCCACCCCUGGAAGCCCUGGAGGAAGGGGGGCCACCGCUGACCCUGGGCCUGCAGGGUGAGCACCAGAGGUCCAACGCAGCCUUGGCUCUGCAGCUGGCCCGCUGCUGGCUGCAGCAGCAGGAGCACCGGGACCUUGGGGAGCUGAAGACAUCCAGGGUGAGUGGCUCCUGGCAGCUGCCCCUGGCCCCCGUGUUCCAGCCCACGUCCCACAUGUGCCACGGGCUUCAGAACACGGAGUGGCCGGGCCGGACACAGGUGCUGCAGCACGGGCCCCUCACCUGGUAUCUGGAUGGUGCGCACACCACCAGCAGCGUGCAAGCCUGCGUGCGCUGGUUCCGCCAGGCACUGCAGCGCAACCAGAGGCCCACCAGUGGGCCAGAGGUGCGGGUCUUGCUCUUCAACUCCACAGGGGACAGGGACCCCGCAGCCCUUCUGAAGCUGCUACAGCCCUGCCAGUUUGACUAUGCUGUCUUCUGCCCCAACCUCACAGAAGUGUCGUCCCCAGGCAGUGCAGACCAGCAGAACUUCACAGUGACGCUGGACCAGGUACUGAUCCGCUGCUUGGCGCACCAGCAGCACUGGAGCCACCUGGGCGAGCAGGCCAGCCCUGCCCUCCAGAGCACCCCGCAGCCCAGUGGGCCUGUACCCCACUCGCCCCACCGUGGCAGUGCCAGCUCCCUUGUCUUCAGCUGUGUCUCACAUGCCUUACAGUGGAUCAGCCAAGGCCGGGACCCUGUCUUCCAGCCGUCUAGUCCCCCAAGGGGCUUCCUUGCCCACCCCACAGCAAGCAGCGGGGCCAGUGUUCUGCAGGAGGCUGGUGCCAUCCACGUGCUGGUCACUGGCAGCCUGCACCUGGUGGGUGGCGUCCUCAAGCUGCUGGAGCCCUCCCUGUCCCAGUAGCUGUGGCCACAGAUGGGGGGAGCCCCCCCCAUAGCCGCCCUGCCUUGUCACGAACUCACACCAGGUGCCUUUUGGUCGCGUUCUGCUUGCCAAGCCUGCUGGGCUCUGGUGUGGAUGGGUGGGACAGGGCACCAUCCUCUCAGAGCCCUGUGCCUUGGCUCACCCUCCUUGGGGCCCAGUCCCUCUCCCCCACCUGGCUGGCCCUGUGAGCUGCCCAGCUGGCUCAGGUUCUGCCACGUGCUGGUGACACAUCUCUUCCUCAAGCGCCUUGUGGGAAAGGAGAGGGCCCCUACCUGGGGCCCGCCGGAGAGGGCGUAGCUGCAGUGAAAUAAACAUUUGCAUCUUAUUUUUGAAGAAA